AUGGUACAAAGAGUAAAUUAUAGAAGACAUAAUAAAUAUAAAACAAAUUCAAAUGUUGUGAAAAGAGUACGUACACCUGGUGCUCGUCUUGUUCUUCAUAAUAUAAAAAAAGUUGGUAAAAGACCAAGAUGUGGUGAUUGUAAAUGUCUACUUGCUGGUAUAUCAGCAGUAAGACCAUUUCUAUAUAAAAAUCUUAAACAUAGAAAUCGUACAGUAUCAAGACCAUAUGGUGGUUCAAGAUGUCAUAAUUGUGUUAAAGAUCGUAUAAUAAGAGCAUUUUUGAAAGAAGAACAAAAAUGUGUAAGACGUGUAGUUAAAGAACGUGAAAAAACAAAAUUAGUAGAAAAGACUAAUGUUAAAGUUGAACAAAAAAAGAAAGUAAAACCCGACAAAAAAACUAAAUCAACUAAAUCAUAA